ACUGUUUUCUUCCGGGUCUUUGCUGUCACCAAAAAAUGGCUUCUCUUGACAGAGUAAAGGUAUUAGUUUUAGGAGAUUCCGGAGUGGGAAAGUCCUCCUUGGUCCACCUGCUAUGUCAGAAUCAGGUGUUAGGAAAUCCAUCCUGGACUGUCGGGUGCUCUGUGGAUGUCCGGGUGCAAGACUAUAAGGAGGGGACCCCGGAGGAGAAAACCUACUACAUUGAACUCUGGGAUGUCGGAGGAUCUGUUGGCUGUGCCAGCAGUAUCAAAAGCACCAGAGCUGUCUUCUACAAUUCAGUUAAUGGAAUUAUGUUGGUACACGAUUUAACAAAUAAGAAAUCCUCUCAGAAUCUUUACCGCUGGUCGCUGGAAGCUUUAAACAAAGAUUCCUCCCCAACAGGAGUGAUCGUCUCAAACGGCAGUGACUAUGACAGAGAGCAGUUUGCUGAGAACCCAGUGCCUCUGCUGCUGAUUGGCACCAAGUUCGACCAAAUCCCAGAGAACAAACGCCAUGAGGUUCUCACUCGGACGGCCUUCCUGUCUGAAGACUUCAAUGCAGAGGAGAUCAAUCUAGACUGCACCAACCCAAGAUACCUCGCUGCAGGCACAUCAAAUGCUGUGAAGCUUAGCAGGUUCUUUGACAAGGUAAUAGAGAAGAGAUAUUUCACAAGAGAUCCAAUUCAGAUGACAGGUUUCACAGACAGGAAACGGUUCAACUUCAAAAGUUUGCACUAUGACUGAAAAUCCAUGACAACCAGCACCUUUCUCUGUGGUUUGACUUUCACACCACAACUAAACCAUCACACUUAUAGGUUUGCUUUCUGUAUCGCCCCCGCUUUCUGAACACUGUUUCAACUGCUCUUGUGUAAAGUCUUAAACGUAUGCUGCGACAACAACACAAGUAACGAUAGAACAGAAUUAUUAUUAGCGUAAUAAAGAUAAAUAUGUACAUAGUUGACAAAGAUGUAAAAAUACAUAAAUGUACUGUGAGAUGUUGCGUUAAAUCAACACAUGUUUUAUUUCUUUUUUUUGUUGUACAAUUGUUUUCACACGCUAAACAUUGAAAUAUUCUAGCUUCAUGAAUAUCAGUACCUGUUUUUUUUUUUUUUUCAACUACACAAAAAAAGAUAAACAAAUUAAAUAUUUCUGAACAUGGUCACAGAUUUUUAGCUAAGAAUUUUUUAAAAAUGCCUUAACACAUGACAUAUUAUUUGCCCAUUAAGUUUGUUAUUUGUUUAAAACAAGAUAAGACUUUCUCAAAUGUGUUGUUUUACUAAGCCAUGCAAUUUACCUCUGAAUUGUGGCUCAUGCUAAAUACAUUUAUUUCUUCAUCACUUCCUUAAUCCAGGGGAGAAAAGAUAUAAUUUUAGUGAAGACAUGGGGAUACUUUGGAUCAUUACAAUCACAUAAAGAGACAAAAGCCGUAAGACCUUGAGGCUUGCCUUUGCAGAUAAGUGGUCCACCGGAAUCCCCCUUUAAAAAAGAAGGCAACACAAAGAGAUGAUUGAGUAGACUGGAAAAGAAUUGAUGCUAUUGUUUUUGAUUAAAUAAAAAAUGAUUCACGUUCACAGCA